CUUAUCCAUAACGGGAAGCGACUCCGAAGGGUUAAAAGUAGUCACAGGACAUCCUAGGACUCCAAUGAGCGAGGUGAAAGCCAUCAGACUGAUUAAAAUGCAGAUGAAGAUAGUACGGUGAAGUUUAUUGUGCGUCAAAGUUGACGAGGCAUUCUGCAGAACUGCAGGAAGAGUCUUGAACUCUUCAGCCAUCACCAGAAUCGAGCAGACAAUCAGCACCGCGGUGGUGAAAAAAAGAGACGCUAGGAGAAUUAUACAGUCUGGUACGAUGAUCGCCUGGCAUAUUGCGAUAAACAGCCAGAUUACGAAGCAGCAAAUCAUGUUAGACUUGAACAUGUCUUCUCUUAAUUGCCCGAACUUUGUUUCCAGACUCUCGUCGUUGUAACGCAGCGUCCAAGCGUUUAUGUUGGCCAGUCUCAUACGCUUGUUGCUGGCGGUUUCGAACCCACCUGCAGCUCCGCCGGGCUUUUUCUCACCUCCGGCUACUCCCGACUCGUCUUCCUCGUCUUCAAGGUACUCCGCUUCCAAGUUGCUCAUUGAAUUUGCGCUGUUCAAGUUCUCGAAGGGAAUCUCCGGGGUCCAAUCGACUCCAAUGUCAUCUUCGUCUUUGCAAUUUGUCAUGUUGUCUUUGCUGCUGCUGUGGUUGUUUGACAGCAAUGCGUUUGCUAUCUUGAAACUCUUCUUGGAUCUGCCGCCAGUUUCGUCCUCGGUCCAUAUCUUCGGGCGCGAUGACUGUCUUCUUUUUGAACGCAGUGGCUCUGUUUGUUUUAUUAGGUUGAAGCUGUCAUCCCAUUGCUUGGAACUUGCAAUUGUUGGUGAAGAAAAAUUACCUUGAGACCAAGAUCGACAACGUUUAGCAUCAUCAGCGAUUUCUGACGUUGCCGGCAU